AUGAACGAGAGAAUGGAAAUGUUCAAAAUGGUGGUGGUGGGUGAGUCGUCGGUUGGUAAAACAUGCUUAUCUGUGCGAUUUACGUGCCGCGAGUACCACGACCAACCACCAACCAUAGGGGCGGAAUUCACAGUCAACAGAAUACAUGUUGGGGACAGACUAGUGAAAUUCCAAAUUUGGGACACUGCUGGAGCUGAGAAAUACCAUUGUAUAGCGCCAAUGUAUUAUCGUAACGUACAGGCUGGCCUCGUCGUCUAUGACAUCACUAGUAAGAACUCAUAUGAGCGAGCCAAGUCUUGGGUGAAAGAGCUUAAAGAAAGUACUGAGAGAGGUGUUCUCAUUAUAAUUGCACUGGCUGGCAAUAAGGCUGACCUUGAAGAUGAACGAAUGGUUGACUCUGAGGAAGCACAGUCGUACGCCAAAGCUAAUGGCCUUAUGUUUAUGGAAACGUCGGCGAAGACUGGACUGAAUGUCAAUGAUGUAUUUAUGGAACUUGUAAAAAAACUUCCCAAAUCAGAACCAACAGUUGAACCGACGACAACGGUGGUUUACGGGCUGGAACGAACGAUCCAACACCCACGCACUAACAGAUGCUGUUAG